UUAUCCCUGAUUUCUUCACUUCUCCCUCUUUCUCUCUCCUCUGCUGAAGUGUUAAAGGAGCCAUGGAUGGAGCUCUGCAAAUUUUGUGCUCAAACUUAAAAGUACCCAUCUCUUUUAAAAUGCCUCUUUUUUCUAUUAAUUCUCGUAAUCAUCAUUUUCUCUCUCUUCCCAAACCCACUUUUUCUCUCUCUUCCUACUUUUCUAUGUCAUCUAGUUUCCCUUCUUCAGUCCUAUAUGCAACCCCAGAUAGCCAAUUGAGCGUGGAGGUUGGCACUGAAUCUAGUGAAUGGGGAAUGCAAGAUUUUUAUAUAUUAAGAAAAGAGGUAGAAAAUACAAGUAAACGUGUGGAAGAGAUUGUACUCUCUGCUGGAUUAGAACACUUAGAGAAAGAGCUUGCAGCUUUGGAGUCCAAAUCAGCUGAUAGCACCUUGUGGGAUGAUCGUGCUAAGGCCCAAGAAACUCUUUCAGCUCUCACUGAUGUCAAAGAUAAACUAAAGCUUCUUAAGGAUUUCCAAAGCCAGGUUGAAGAUGCAGAAACAAUAGUUAAUCUUACUGAGGAGAUGGAUUCUACAGAUACUGCACUUCUUCAAGAGGCUGCCAACAUUAUUAAGGAGCUGAACAAAGCACUUGAUCGUUUUGAGUUCACAGAGCUGCUUUCUGGUCCUUAUGACAAAGAGGGUGCUGUUAUAUCUAUCACAGCUGGUGCUGGUGGGACUGAUGCUCAGGACUGGGCUGAUAUGCUUCUCAGGAUGUAUAUGAGAUGGGCUGAAAAGCAGAAGUACAAGGCUAAAGUGGUUGACAAAUCAUUAGGAGAAGAAGCAGGUAUUAAAUCAGCGACAGUUGAAUUUGAAGGUCGUUAUGCUUAUGGUUAUCUUUCUGGAGAAAAGGGGACGCAUCGUAUUGUGAGGCAAUCACCUUUCAAUUCCAAGGGUCUUCGUCAGACAAGUUUUUCUGGUGUCGAAGUCAUGCCUCUUCUUCCUGAAGAGUCAUUGAAUGUGGACAUACCUGAAGAAGACUUGGAAAUAAGUUUCACGAGGGCUGGUGGAAAAGGAGGACAGAAUGUAAACAAGGUCGAAACAGCUGUUAGGAUCACUCAUAUUCCUACUGGUGUGGCAGUCCGAUGCUCAGAGGAAAGAUCCCAGAUACAAAACAAGGUGAAGGCUCUCAAUCGAUUGAAAGCCAAACUUUUGGUGAUUGCGGAGGAGCAACGGGCGUCUGAGAUCAAGCAGAUCAGGGGAGAUGCUGUGAAGGCAGAGUGGGGACAGCAAAUUCGGAAUUAUGUUUUUCACCCCUACAAGCUUGUGAAAGAUGUGCGUACAAGCUACGAGACUUCAGAUAUUGCCUCUGUAAUGGAUGGCGAUUUAGAUCCAUUCAUUAAAUCUUACUUGAAACAUAAGUACACUCAGAUGCUUACAACAACUAGUUAGAGAUAGAAUUGUAUAUUUGGUGCAUCAUGGAGUAGAAGUUAAAGCCUUACAUGGUUAUAUAUUAUCAUGAUUUGUUUAACUAAAUUUGUUUAGAAUGAAUGCUGGACUUUAUUUU